GUUAUACGAAGCAAUAACUUUUAUACAAUCAGCGACAUAUCGGAAAAUGUGCAACGCAUGCGAAAAUUUGUUGAAAAUGGAUCUGUGCGCCACUCAGACUGCUGACGAUCAGUUCACAAAACCGGGUCUUAUGUGCCAGACAAGCAGCGCCGAUCGCAAUGGACGAUUCAUCCCAGAGCGAACUCGCCCGCUCCAACGGCGCCUUCUGCCGGCUGUGCUUCUCGCAGGUCCACGAGCUGCACCGUAUCUUCCCGCCGACGGGCGCCCCGAACCGGUUGCUGGUGCGCAAGAUCGAGUACUGCACCGGCAUCGGGGUGAGCUUCGGCGCCGACAGCAACGCUUCGAUCUGCGCCAAGUGCGUCGGCCUGACGGAGGAACUGUUCCGGUUCAAACAGCUGUGCGGGGCCAACGAGCGGUGGCUAAAGAUGGACGCCGGUGGUGAACACGUGGCGGAGGAGCUGCUGAUGCCGCCAGCGGCGAGGCCGGACAGUUGUGCGUCCCUGUUGACCAUUGAAACGGAACAGCUCGAGGAGGGUUUCCGGGGUUGUGGCGAGGAAGUUGGUGAUCCGUUGAAGCAUUCCAUUGAGGUUUCGAAACCAGCACUACAAGAUCAAGCUGAAAUGUCCGCCGUCGAUUCGAACCGGGUGACCAGCAGUGGCAGCUGCAUGCGGGCUCGCCGACCCACCACGAUCCGGUCAGUUCCAGUUGUUGCAUCGAAUGCCGUGACGAUCAAGUCAGAGAUCGAGUCCGACACCUCCGAUACCAGGGAGGAGUCGGAAGCAUCGUCCCAAGACCGGAACAACACGCCAUCCUGUGACGCCUCAACGGAUACGGAAGGCUAUCGGGCAUCGUCUACGGCCUUCACGCUGGUUCCCGGAACGAAGAGCCGCCGUGGUCGACUCUACCUGGUGUAUAAGGGGUACCGGUACAGUAACAGCCAGGGCAACGGCAACGUUUACUGGUGCACUCACCGAACACCGGAUUACUGCCGCGCCAAGGUUCUCCUGAAGGACAACCGAGUGUUUGAAAUCAACGACAACAAACACCAGCACAAGUUACCUCGGCAGAGCAAGCGACGUGCCAGCGGUGAUCCAAAUCCACAGACCCCGAAGAAAAAGGACGUCAAGAUAUCGUUGGUGCUGAAGAAGCACCUGCCGGAGCGGGAGGCCAGCAGGCGGCACUCGGGAACCACAUUGAAGGGAACCGGUCUCGAAAGUGCCAACAACAACUGGUUCAUCAAAGCGAACCGGAAAACUGUGGAUGGGUUCACGUACACGUUCUGUGGUCUGCGCAAGGAUGGCGUCAUUCGGUUGAAGUGCAUUACGAAGGGGUGUGGCAGCCAUAUCUACAUGUGCAGCAACGGGGAUCUGACGGGAACGCACAGGAAGCACAACCAUCCGCCGCAUUCUCCGGUUUAGAGGAGGUGCCAGUUUGUGUUAAUAAACGAUCUGCAGC